GUUCUUGACGCGCAAUACAGGGAUGACAACUGAGGAUGUGAAAUUUUUGUAAACUGGUACAAAUUAGUUGAUAAAUCUGAUACCAAUUACCAACAUUUGCAUUAUGCGUGUAACAGUAAGAAAAUUAACAAAUUCUGAGCCUGAGGACCAUCAUUUAGAAAUAUCAGGUGCUGCAAGCGUUUUCGAAUUGAGGGAAUUAAUUUACGUUGUAUGUGAAGUUGAUGGCUGCCAAGAGCUUUUCUACGGAGGAAAACAGGUAUAACAGGAGCCGAGAUCCUGUUUAGGGAACCGAAUCUGGGACACACUGUAUAGAGGAAGCUCGAGGAGAGUGGCUGAAGGAGCCCCAGACCAGAGUGAAAUCCGGGAGUGUGCUUUGUUGUUGGAAAAAAAUAAAGAGGAGAGGGGGCCACUGAGACAUUUCUUUUAAAAUCAGCUCGAUUUUUGAUCAUUUGUUGGCAUUUGCUGGUCCCUGUAGCAGUGAUUUGAUCAAACAUCAGAUGACAUCAAUCACUUCUUAGAGCUUCUGUCAACAAAGUUGAUCGCUAGUGACCAAUAAACAAGUACAGCAUUGAAUAUGAAGAUCUUUUUUUGAUAUCCAAUAUGUUCUCAGUAUCAGUAAACUUUUUUGU